AUGAGAGAUGCUGCAGUGGUGUGUAGAGAACUGGACUGUGGGGAGGCUGCAGAGGCACCGACUGACUCUCAUUUUGGACCGAAAAAAACAGCGUUCAUCUGGCCACUUGCAUUGAAUUGUAAUGGCUCAGAGACUACACUGUUUAGCUGUGAAAAUGAUAAUGAUAAAUAUGAUCAAUAUUUCUGUGAUUAUCUGCGAGAGGCUGGUGUCAUCUGUUCAGGUCAUAAAAAGUCCAGACUAGCUAAUGGUCCUAACUUGUGCUCUGGGAGAGUAGAGGUGCUUCAUGGGAAGACCUGGGGCACAGUGUGUGAUGCUGACUUUGACCAGCAGGAUGCAGAGGUGGUGUGUAGAGAGCUGGGCUGUGGGGUUCCUGUAGAGGUGCUGGGAGCAGCCGCUUUUGGUAAAGGGGAGGGUCCAGUGUGGUCCGAGGAGAUUCAGUGUAGAGGCAACGAAUCUGAGAUUAUCUUCUGUCCAACAUCAUCUUCACGGAGACAGAACUGUUCCCAUGACAACGAUGUGGGAAUAAGAUGCACUGGAUACACAGACUUCAGACUAGUGAAUGGCUCUGACUCCUGCUCUGGUCGAGUGGAGCUGCAGUACCUCGGUGAGUGGGGUACAGUGUGUGAUGCAUCAUGGGAUAUGAGAGCCUCUAGCGUCCUCUGUCAGCAGCUGAAUUGUGGGAGUGCCGUGGCCGUAGUGGGGGUGGACUGGUUUGGGGAGGGGAGCGACCCAAUACAGGCUGAUGUGUUUGAUUGCCAGGGCAAUGAGACACACCUCUCAGCUUGUGUCAUCUCUUCAUGGAGUCGAGCUGCAUGUUCUCAUAGGCAGGAUCCUGGAGUCAUCUGCUCUGGUUCCUCUAUGUCUUUUCAUGAUGGACGAGUGCGGCUAACCGGAGAGAGGGAGUGUGAGGGAGAGGUGGAGGUUUAUUUCCAUCAGGCCUGGAGGAGAGUUCUCCUGGACUCCUGGAGUUUCUCUGAGGCCUCUGUGGUCUGCAGACAGCUGGAUUGUGGCUCUUUGGUAGAGUUCAGUGGCUCCUCUGGGUCUGGUCCAGUGGAUAGUGAUGAGUGUCUGACUGGUUUCCAGUGCUCUGGGAAUGAAGUUCAUCUGGGGAACUGCAGCUCACCACAAACUACAAACUGCAGCUCCAGUUUACCGCUGUCACUCAACUGCUCAGGUAAACAUAAUUCAGGUCACAGGUCCCUCAGACUGGUGGGUUCUGGGAGUGACUGUGCAGGCCGUCUGGAGGUUUUCCACAAAGGCUCAUGGGGAACAGUGUGCGAUGACUCCUGGGAUAUUGAGGAUGACCAGGUUGUGUGCAGACAGCUCCAGUGUGGAGAGGCCCUCAUUGGACCAGUUCCAGCCUGGUUUGGUCCUGGAACUGGACCCAUUUGGCUAGAUGAGGUGGACUGCCUGGGGAACGAGUCGUCCCUGUGGAGCUGUCCGUCAGAGAGAUGGGGCCGACAUGACUGUGGACACAAGGAGGAUGUGGGAGUGCUGUGUUCAGGGUAUAAAGAGAUAAGAUUGACUGAAGGCUGCUCUGGGAACCUGGAGGUGUUUUACAAUGGAACCUGGGGUAAUGUCUGCUAUAACCAGAUGGACUCAGACACAGUGGCUUUAAUCUGCCAAGAGCUGAACUGUGGAAAAAGUGGCACUUUAAACCCAGCAGGACCAAGAAUGACCUCAGCUCCAAACUGGCUUGAUUUACUCAAGUGCCGUAAAGAAGACAUCCGUUUAUGGAACUGUCCGUCUUCACCUUGGAACCAGAACCAAUGCUUUGGUGAAGAAGUGGCAACAAUCACCUGUUCAGACCAUCUACCCUUCAGACUGAUGGGGGGAGAGGGCCAGUGCUCUGGGAGGCUGGAGGUUUAUCAUAACGGCACCUGGGGCUCAGUCUGUGAUGAUCUCUGGGACAUCAAAGAUGCUCAGGUGGUGUGCAGACAGCUGGGCUGUGGGCCGGCACUGAGGGUUGAUGGGAAUUCUACCUUUGGGCGUGGAGAGGACACUGUGUGGCUGAGCAGGGUGGAGUGCAGAGGGACUGAGAUCCACCUGUGGGACUGUUCUCUCUCCUUGAAGAACCACACUGACUGUUCUCAUAAGAGCCAUGCUUGGAUAACCUGUACAGAGUCUCUGAAAGAAGACCAGAUUGAAUCUUAUGAUGAUGUGGAAACUCCCAGCAACCCGAAAAAGGGGACGUUGACCGUGAACUCCUCGGAGAACUAUGAUGACGCCACAGCUGCAGGGAAGACGACUGGAAGUUUAAUAGGUAAUUUCUCUGGACGACUGGUGGGUUCUGGGAGUGACUGUGCAGGGCGUCUGGAGGUUCUCCACAAAGGCUCAUGGGGAACAGUUUGUGAUGACUCCUGGGAUAUUGAGGACGCCCAGGUUGUGUGCAGAGAGCUCCGGUGUGGAGAGGCCCUCAUUGGACCAGUUCCAGCCUGGUUUGGUCCUGGAACUGGACCCAUUUGGCUGGAUGAGGUGGACUGUCUGGGAAAUGAGUCGUCCAUACAGAGUUGUCCAUCAGACGGAUGGGGCCGACAUGACUGUGGACACAAGGAGGACGUGGGAGUGCUGUGUACAGGGUUUGAAGAGAUCAGAUUGACUGAAGGCUGCUCUGGGAACCUGGAGGUGUUUUACAAUGGAACCUGGGGUAAUGUCUGCUAUAACCAGAUGGACUCACACACAGUGGCUUUAAUCUGCCAAGAGCUGAACUGUGGAAAAAGCGGCACUUUAAACCCAGCAGGACCAAGAAUGACCUCAGCUCCAAACUGGCUUGAUUUACUCAAGUGCCGUAAAGAAGACAUCCGUUUAUGGAACUGUCCGUCUUCACCUUGGAACCAGAACCAAUGCUUUGGUGAAGAAGUGGCAACAAUCACCUGUUCAGACCAUCUACCCUUCAGACUGAUGGAGGGAGAGGGCCAGUGCUCUGGGAGGCUGGAGGUUUAUUAUAAUGGCACCUGGGGCUCAGUCUGUGAUGAUCUCUGGGACAUCAAAGAUGCUCAGGUGGUGUGCAGACAGCUGGGCUGUGGGCCAGCACUGAGGGUUGAUGGGAACGCUGCCUUUGGACUUGGAGAGGACACUGUGUGGCUGAGCAGGGUGGAGUGCAGAGGGACUGAGAUCCACCUGUGGGACUGUUCUCUCUCCCUGAAGAACCACACUGACUGUUCCCAUAAGGGUCAUGCCUGGGUAACCUGUACAGGGGUUUCACUGUACGUACAGGGAGACCCGCUAGAAGGGCAUUACCAUGGUCGAGUCGAGAAAUAA